GAACGAGAGAGAGAAGAGAGGAAAAGAACGAGAGAGAGAGAGAAGAAUGAGGAUUGCUCCAGGAUAUCGCUUCUUACCGUCGGACGAAGAGCUGAUUAAUUGCUACCUGUUGAAAGAAUCAAUGGGGAUUCAACUGCCAUGGAAUCCGAUGUCGAAAAAAGAUAUUUACGGCCAAAAAGAUCCAUGGGAAGUUUUUCAAGACGUUCAUUGGGACGAUUUUCAUUCCGAAAACAAAUUCAAGCACGUCACGUACGUUCUUACCAAGUUAUUACGUCUUAACGGUAAGACUCGUAUCGCGAGAAGAACAAAAUCGGGUACUUGGAAGGGACAAACUAGCGGCAAAGAGAUUUACGACGAGUCAUCGGGAAAUUUAAUCGGCUUGUCAAAGAUGUUUACUUUUUACAAGAAUAAACCUAAAGGCCGGAGCGGCGAAGAAGAAGAAGAAGAACACGGUCACUGGAUUAUGCACGAGUUUUCAUUGGCCGGGGUUAGUUUGAAUUUUGAGUUGAAGUUUAAAGAUUACGCCAUUUGUAGAAUCACUAGGACCUUUUCAAAGGAAAACAAAAAGGAAAAGACGAAGAAGCAACCGGAAAUUAUUGUUCCACAAGAACUAAACCCUACUUUAGACGAAGAAGACCAAUUACUCGCGGAUGAACUCCAACAAGCUAUGUAUUCAGACGAACAAAUUAUUGUUCCACAAGAACAAAACCCUAUUACAGACGAAGACGACCAAUUACUUGAGGAUGAAAUCGAACGAGCUGUGUAUUCAGACGAAGACCGAUUACUAGGAAUGCCGAACAUUGGCAAGAAAAGAUUAGCAGAAGACGAAGGAAUCGAAGAAGAUCGUGAUGCGUUUUCCAAGAUGCAGAAGAUUGAUUUGGAUAAUAUAGAGUACGAUUUCGAUAUCGAUUUGGAUAAUAUAGAGUACGAUUUCGAUAUCGAUAUCGAUGACAUUACGUUGAAAGAUUUCGGAUUGAGUUAGGAGAAAUUAGUUCUAGUCCUUAAUUUUCGAUUCGGAUCAAUUAUUGAAUGCAGCUUCAUAUUUAUUUUCGACCAUUAUUUCCGGUCUCUAUUGUAAGCAAUUAUGUUUGAAAUUAAUCCAGAAUUUGUUUUUCUCUUGAUCGCAUCUGUUUUAUUGUUUAAUUUCUAGUUUAUAU